AAAUCUCACACCAUGGAGUCCAAGAUCACCCAACUCAAGCGGAUCGCGUCCCUUCCGGCCAACAUCCGCACCAACGUGGCCGCCCUCCGAAAACUACACCUGGACAUGGUAGAUAACGACCGGCGGGAGAACAAGCUGGAACUGGACCUACGGCGGCUGUACGAAGAUUCCUGCGAAAAACGGCGCCAGAUUGUGACCGGUUCGUACGUGCCAAAGCUGGCCGACCUUCCCGAGGGCUACCUCGGCAUGGUUGACCACAGUGCGUCGGAACAGCCCGGCGGCGUUCCGGAGUUCUGGUUGAGCGUAUUCCGGAUGAGUGAUCUGCUGCCGGGUAUGAUACGGAAGGAGGACGAGGACGCGCUGCGGAAGUUGGUGGAUGUCCGGUCGUUGGAUCUGGGGGAGCCCUCGCCCGGAUUUGAGCUGGAGUUUGAGUUUGAGGCGAACGAGUUCUUCAGCGAUUCGGUAUUGAAGAAGCGGUAUUUGACGAGUGGUACCGAGAUUUAUGAAGCGAUUGGUCAGGACAUCCACUGGAAGGAGGGUGUUGACUUGGUUAGGAAGAGCGCGGACAGUUUCUUCAAUUUUUUCAACCCGACGCAGUACGAGACCAGUGAUCCCGAGAAGCACGAGUUCCAGUUGAAGAAGGACUUUGAGGUUGGACGGUACCUGGAGCAGUGGGUCAUUCCUAGGGCAACGGCGAUCUUUCUUGGUAGGGAUGACGACGAGCAGGACGAGAUUUCGGAUAUGCUGGAGGAUGAGGCUUUCUGUGGAGUUUACAGCUUGGAUGCGGAAACAGAAGCAUUGCUAGUUAACAGUGAAUUGGGCGAAUGAACGUGAAAUUUGAAUAAUAAAUCUAAAUUUCAAGUGGUAUUGACAAGGUUCUUAACGUGGUCCAAAAGCUGAUUGUAUGUGGGGCGCGGAUGCAUUUAUUAUUCAGAAAAAUAAAGGUUAAUUUGCUUUCUUUGUUGAUAAAAAA